CUCUCGCCGUUCGCUCCGCAGCCGAUACCGCCCGCUCCCCGCUCUCGCUCACCGCUCUCGUCCCCGCCCCCAGCCCGACACCCGCUUCUCGCACCGGGGCAGCGGCGGCGUCUGCCCGCGGCGAGGGGAGGGUGGCAGCGCCUGGCGGGGCUGGGCAGGAGCAGCAGCGGGAGCAAGGGAGAGACGGGGGCUCCUCUCGUCUCCUCGCCGCCGGUGUCGGGAGGCGGCGGCGGCCGGGGGAGUUGAGCCCGGGGGGGCCUGGGCCGCGAGCCCCGGCAGCGGGGCGGCCCCGCCCCGAGGCAGGACGAUGCCGGUGAAGAAGAAGAGGAAGUCCUCGGGGGCGGCGGCGGCGGACGACACCGGCCUCAAGAAGUGUAAACUCGGCAGAUCACAGGCGUCUGGUAAAGUAAUAAGUGGAGAGGAACAUUUUUCAAGCAAAAAGUGCCUGGCUUGGUUUUAUGAAUAUGCAGGUCCUGAUGAAGUUGUGGGUCCCGAAGGAAUGGAAAAGUUCUGUGAAGACAUCGGUGUUGAGCCUGAAAAUAUUAUUAUGUUAGUUUUAGCCUGGAAACUAGAGGCUGAAAGCAUGGGAUUUUUUACCAAGGAAGAAUGGUUAAAAGGAAUGACCUCAUUACAGUGUGACUGCACAGAAAAAUUACAGAGUAAAUUUGAUUUCUUGAGGUCACAGUUGAAUGACAUUUCAUCCUUUAAGAAUAUCUACAGAUAUGCCUUUGAUUUUGCAAGGGAAAAAGACCAGCGAAGUCUUGAUAUUGAUACUGCAAAGUCCAUGUUAGCUCUUCUGCUCGGAAGAACUUGGCCACUGUUUUCAGUAUUUUAUCAAUACCUGGAGCAAUCGAAGUAUAGAGUUAUGAACAAGGAUCAGUGGUACAAUGUACUAGAGUUCAGCAGAACUGUCCAUGCAGAUCUUAGCAACUAUGAUGAAGAUGGUGCAUGGCCUGUGCUUCUGGAUGAAUUUGUUGAAUGGCAAAAAGUUCGUCAAGCGUCAUAGCAAGAAUUCAAAAGAAAAUGCAAAGGUUUUUUUGGUGCCCGCCUGUACACAAAGUAAUGAGAAAAAGGAUUGCAUUUUCAUUCGUAAGAAAGACUUUACAGUAAUUUUUUUCCUUUUUUAAGGAAUCUUUCUUGUUACAUGUGAUAUGGGCAUUGAACCACACCUCUUCUGAGACUGAAAGUUGGAGUUCUUGUUUUGAGUCUUAUGUUUAUAGCAUUUAUUUCAGAACAAUAAAGAUUCAGAUUUGUGACAAAGGCCUAAAAGUGAAGAAUGUCCCUUGAAUGUGAGCGUGGUGUCUAUUUUUGAAACCAAAUCUAUAAGAAUAUCUUUCUCAGAAGUGCCCUUUCUGUGAAUUUUUGAAGACCUUAAAAAUGCUUAAUUGGCACUGUUGCUUGCUGAUGGUAUGAUUGUCUUGUGUGGCAUACGUUAGAAAGAAUGACUGAUUUAUGAAGUCCUGACUGGGAGUGUGCUAUUUUCUGUAUCAAGUAUUGGUCAUGGGUUGUGCCACAGUUUUCAGCUCCUUGUGGAGAUAAAGGCCUUAAACUCCUA